CACAGAGCCAAAUACAAACACACACACGCACAUGUGAUUCUACACUCUCGGUUCUGUAUGGACUCGUUUUCCCUUACGAGAGGUGGAGAGUAUGAGAGGGGUGGGCUUCAGUGACUAUUAUAACGACCGAAUCACGCCGAAUUAAGCGUAACUUCAUGGCCAAGGUAAAUGCGGCAGACUUCCUGAACUUUUGACCGGUCGCCUGCAUCAGAAGUAUUUCAUUUGGCACCCGGCGUCUCCUCAGCGUGGGUUUGAACAGCACAAGUGUUCGGCUGCUGAAUGUAGGCCAAAGGGCAUGAACAAAAGCGCAAUAACUGAUGACAUGGAAAUGCAGCAUGAUCCAGAUUUGCAGUUUAAACUGGCUUAUCCAGAUACAGAAAAAACUGACACAGGCGUUAAAAUCCGAGUGAGAGGCCAGUGGUCCAGUAAAGUGGAGUUUAUCUUAGCUGUUGCUGGCCAGAUCAUUGGGUUAGGAAAUGUGUGGAGAUUUCCAUACCUGUGUUACAAGAAUGGAGGAGGAGUGUUUUUCAUUCCAUAUGUGGUCUUUCUGUUUGCCUGCGGCAUUCCUCUUUUUCUUAUGGAGACUGCUUUGGGUCAGUACACCAGCCAAGGGACUGUUACCUGUUGGAGGAAGAUCUGCCCACUAUUUGAAGGUCUGGGUUAUGGGAGUCAGGUGGUCGUCUUAUAUUCGAGUGCCUACUACAUCAUCAUUUUGGCCUGGGCUUUCUUCUAUCUCUUCUCUUCUUUUAGUAAUGAACUCCCAUGGGCUAGCUGCAGGAACUGGUGGAAUUCAGAGAAUUGUGUUGAGUUUGACCGAAUAGGAGGGACAAACAACAUGAGCUUAAUGGAGAAUGCAACAUCACCUGUUAAAGAAUUUUGGGAGAGGCGAGUAUUGAAUAUUACUGGAAAUGUGAAUGAACUGGGCAGUUUGAGAUGGGAGCUGGCUCUGUGUCUCCUGCUGGCCUGGAUCAUCUGCUACUUCUGUGUGUGGAAGGGAGUGAAGUCCACAGGCAAGGUUGUGUAUUUCACUGCUACAUUUCCAUAUGUUAUGCUGUUGGUACUUCUGAUUCGAGGUCUUACGUUGCCUGGAGCCAUUGAUGGCAUCACCUUCUACCUCUACCCAAACCCAGCACGCCUUGCAGAUCCACAGGUGUGGAUGGACGCUGGAACACAAAUAUUUUACUCUUAUGCCCUCUGCAUUGGGUGCCUUACAGCUUUGGGAAGCUACAAUAAAUACAACAACAACUGCUACAAAGAUUGUGUUUACCUGUGCCUGCUGAAUAGUGGAACCAGUUUUGUAGCUGGCUUUGCCAUCUUUUCAGUUUUGGGCUUUAUGGCUUUCGAACAGGGGGUUGAUAUCUCAAUGGUAGCAGAGUCAGGUCCUGGUUUGGCCUUCAUUGCAUAUCCACGAGCUGUAGCUAUGAUGCCUCUGUCCCAGCUGUGGUCCAUAUGCUUUUUCCUCAUGAUUAUUCUUCUUGGGCUUGACAGUGAGUUUGUGGGUUUAGAGUCUCUCAUGACAGCAAUAACAGACAUGAACUCCAACUUCUUCCUUCAAGGACACCGCCGUAAACUCUUCCUCCUUCUCAUUUGUGUGGUCUGCUUCCUCAUUGGCCUCCUGAUGGUGACAGAGGGUGGCCUGUAUAUCUUCCAGUUAUUUGAUUACUACUCCUGCAGUGGAAUGGCCCUCCUGCUAUUUGCAAUUGCACAGUCAGUAUGUAUUGGCUGGUUUUAUGGUGCUGAUCGUCUGUAUGAAAAUAUUGUAGACAUGAUCGGUUAUCGUCCUUUGACACUAAUGAAAUACUGUUGGAAAUAUAUCACUCCAACUGUGUGUAUAGCCACAUUUAUCUUCUCUUUGGUUAAAUUCACUCCUCUAAAGUUUAACAACGCAGUUGAAUACCCAUGGUGGGGUUUAGCUGUUGGCUGGUGGUUCACACUCUCCUCAACAUUAAUGGUUCCCAUAUGGAUGAUCUAUGUCAUCCUUAUCACUCCUGGUACACUGAAACAGAGACUGCAUGUCCUUUGCACUCCAGCAAGUGAUUUACCUUUGACAUCAGAAGAACAGAAAGAAACCCUGUGACCGCAACAGAAAGUACAGCAUGACCUGUGACUGAUAAAGAAACAUACAUCCUUGAGCUGUAUUUUGGACAACUUUUGAUAUCAAUAAUGCUUUUGAUGAUACACAUUCACGUGAUAUCUCAAGAAGGCACAAACCGUACGUGACUGUUUUAUAAGUUAUUGACUCAUUUUACUCUUAGGUUCUCAAUUGCAAGCAUCUGGAUUUAAAGCUCGGCCGUAUCUGAGGAAAACUCAGUUUGACGUCAUUCUAGCGUGAUAGCGUCUACAACCUACUGUAUCAUAAACAUGCACAAGAUAUCAGUUCUUCUAAAGAAGAUAGCAAAAAAAAUUAUAUUAUCAUGAGGGAGUGGACCAGCCCUAUUUUGGAUGGACCAAUGUUCAUUACAGUUGGUAUAUGAUUAGAAAAAUGUUGGAUAAUGUGUUAACUUUCAGUUAGAGAGACUUCAAAAGAAGUAAAAGGCACGUUUGGUUCAUUUCAAUCAAAUUUUGAAAUGUAGCAGUAUUGUAGAAUAACGUUUUUUUUACAUUUUUGUGGGUCAAUCAUGUAACACUUUGCUGUUUUGUGCCUCAAGUGCUAGAGUUUUUAAAGUGUUACAGAAAAUAAAUUACAUUGGGAUAAUUAUAGCAUUUGUAAUAGAUCCAUCAAAAAAAUAGAUCCAUAUUUUGCUACUUAAAUCUGCUUAGAUGUACAGUCUGUAUACUGUCUAUAUCCUAUAAUCUAUUUUUUUAGUAAAAUGGAUAAUUUAAGGGAAUACCUGUAGGUCAUUUAAGCCCAUGUACAUUUUUAUAAAUGAUGCACUACAAGGCCAGUGAUAAAUGUUUUAAUAAAUGCUCUGUUCAACAGUUGAAUGAUUGAAAAUGAUUGCUGUUUGAAAUAUGUUGGUGAUAGCAGGUUUGAAAAAACUGUUCUGAAGCACAUAUUAAACAACUGGGUGAAAGGUGAAAGCUGGUUGAAUUUUAAAUGCUUGGGUUAAAAUUGUUAGAGAGUAACGUCAUUCAUGAUUGCUAUCAGGCAGGACAGAUUAUCAGUUAUAUACUGUACUGCUAUUUCCGAGGUGUCUUAAUGUGAUUUAUUAAUGUAAAUAAUUAACAGUGUAACACUGAAAAUCCUACAUUUGAACUGCUGCUUCAUUUGCCUGACCAUAGCAGGUUAAAGUUAUAUGCAGGUUAAGUGGAAAAACUAAAUCUGAGCAUAAAUCAUGAUAGUGGUGGCUGGUGGUUUUUUAAAGUAAGUUUAAAACUCUUUAUCAUUCUUAAGAACGAAAACCCGGUGAUGGUGCUGUUCUUUAGUCUACAACUGGGUUAAAGGCCUCCAUUUGCAAAUAUACAUUCUGGCCAAAAGGCCACCCAAACACUGUUUGGCAGAGGAUGAAAAAGCUGAAUGUUUGCACUCAAACAUUGUGUUCCGGAGAACAGGGGGGGAAUGGGUUUCUUGUGAUGUGGAUUUGUAAAUUGGGCCAAUUACAAUGUAGAUUCAUUUGUGAAAUAUGCCUGUACAAAUUGUGUACAGUUUGGUUUCUAAAGCAGUAAAUUAUAGGCGUAAUGAACUGCCAAAGUGAUUAAAUAAACUGAAAAUGUCUA